AUGCUUCAGCGGCGCUCACGAGCUGAAGCCGAUAGUCUCGGCGAAUUCUGGAUUUCUUUUUUCAACGCAAAGUCGGGCGACAAGGCCGUCGCGGCGCUCGUGAGCGGUGGCCACGUCGCGGACGGCGAGCCGGAGACCAUCGCUGCGUUCCUUCUCGCAAACGACGGCAAGCUCCGUCGACGCGUCCAAGGUUGCGGAGAUGUCUCGGUGUGCUUUUGCCCCAACCACGUGGUGGCCGAAAUCUCUGCUGUGUAG